GCGCCGGGCGAGGCCCCUGACGCUUACUCUCAGGCUCCGCUGGCCUAAGGCCGUAGCGUCGCCAUGUCCACCCCUCCGUUGGCGGCGUCGGGAAUGGCGCCGGGGCCCUUCGGCGGGCCGCAGGCUCAGCAGGCCGCCCGGGAGGUCAACACGGCGUCGCUCUGCCGAAUCGGGCAGGAGACGGUGCAGGACAUCGUGUACCGCACCAUGGAGAUCUUCCAGCUCCUAAGGAACAUGCAGCUGCCAAAUGGUGUCACUUACCAUACUGGAACGUAUCAAGACCGGCUAGCAAAGCUCCAAGACCAUCUUCGCCAACUUUCUAUUCUCUUCAGGAAGCUGAGACUGGUCUAUGACAAAUGCAACGAAAACUGUGGAGGGAUGGAUCCCAUCCCAGUGGAGCAACUAAUUCCGUAUGUGGAAGAAGAUGGCUCAAAGAAUGACGAUCGGGCCGGCCCACCUCGUUUUGCUAGUGAAGAGAGGCGAGAAAUUGCUGAAGUAAAUAAAAAACUCAAACAGAAGAAUCAACAGCUGAAGCAAAUUAUGGAUCAAUUACGAAAUCUCAUCUGGGAUAUAAAUGCCAUGUUGGCAAUGAGGAACUAAACUGAUAUUUAAAUUUCCUGCUUUACUUGUUAUGCCAUUCCCCACCCCCAAGUGUCUUUUCCCUUUGAAGAAGAUUAUUUAUCUGCUUCUAUUCUACUCAUUAGAAUUAAAGUUCCUGUUUUUACAUUGUAAUUUU